AUGGAGUUAAAGAGCAUGCAUCAAGUCGUUUCGGACAAGACAGAUCUCAAGGAAAAGGAGAUUGAACCAUCAUGGCUCCUAAAACAGUACCAGCAGCUAUGGACGCACCUCAAGAAAGACAAGCGCUUUGUUCUCUGGGCAUUGUAUAUUAAGCGCAUUAGUUUGCUCAAGUUGGACCUCGACAUGGAGGACGGCGAGCCUCCCAAUUCAAGCAAGACGACUGGAAAGAGAUAUUUUCCAAGGACCAUCGAUCAAGAACAGUUGUCGCUGUUCCUGGCCUUCAGUCGCAGGAUUUCUCUGAUGGCUGCUUUGCAAAUGGGUGCUCAUAUCCCCGAUUCUACCCUCGACGUUACGAGAGGGUACGUUUGGAAAAUGCUACUUCAAUAUGUGCACUCUUUAUCAAGCACGCUAGAUGCUGCAGUCGUAUUAUACGGCUUCGUUACAAUAUCACUUCUGAUAAGCCUGCUCUUUGCGGCUAUUGCAUACUCUGGAAACAACUUUGCAACACGAAGGAAAUUGAAACAUCUACGGAAACUCGGUUUAUACAAGAGCAACAUGGCUGAUCAAUAUGACCCGAAAUACAAGGCACCGGAAGGAGCCCGCCUCGAUGGACUAGCCCGUGUGAAGGCAAUAUACAUCCAUCCUGUCAAGUCAUGCGGACCUGUGGAGGUCGACCGAGCUUUGCUCACCAAGGCUGGCUUUAAGUACGAUAGGUCUUUCGCACUGGCAACUGAGAUGCCUCAACCAGAAGCUCCUACAGUGUCAGAAUGGCGUUUCAUCAGCCAGCGCACCAAACCAAACAUGGCUCUCAUCAAGACAGAAUUAUGGCUGCCAACCAAGGACAGCAAUCCAGACGACCCGUUAGUUCAAUCAGGUGGGUGUGUGGUCUUGACAUUUCCAGACCCAGAUAUGCCUGACUGGACCACUCGACUUGAGACACUUUUCCAUACAUGGAACCUCUCCGCUACGCCCCAGGUAUCCUUCAUUGUGCCUCUCCAAAUCACAGCGACUCAGAUGGACCGGCUUCAUAUGAGGAUGAAAACGUUCCGUAUACAUUCCCGUGACGCAAAGGGCCUUGAUAUGGGAGAAGUACCUUCAGUUGCAUCUGCCUUGCCUAAGCUGAAGAAGUUUCUGCGAAUCCCCAAGGAUCAAAGUCUCACGCUGUUGGGGUGCACUCCAGAUACCCUCGUGCGUACCGAUAAGAACCUUGCGCCACUUCAGUACAUCGGCACCCCAGCCGUACAUGGCUACACAGACCAGCAGCCUGUCAAUAUCAACAGUUUGUCUUCGGUACAUGCUGUGUCGGCACUUCUUCCCCCAGAGAACCAACCUUUGAAUGCAGUUCGCUUCCGGGCAAACAUAUGGAUCACAAACACUCCCGCCUAUGAAGAAGAGACGUGGAAGCGCUACCGCAUACUGCCUAAAAGAGCCAAACUUCGUAGCAGCGAGAAGCCACGCGCCAGUGUAGCUCCCGUGCUAUCAGUUGUUUGCCGCACAUCUCGAUGCACUAUGCCGAACGUCAACACUAAUACGGGAACAUUCGAUGCGGAUAUUCCUCCCCCAGAGAAAAAGAAAGGCAAACCUCAGCCAAGCACAACAUUAGUCGAGCACCGUACGAUUGAGACUGGAAAUAAGGCGGCACUCGGUUACCUUGGCAUGCACUGUGUUCCCGAAGAUCGGAACUUGAUGGAGGCCGAAGAGCAAAAUAUGGGGUUGUAUGUUGAGGUCGGCGACGAGAUUGAGGUCCUUGAACGGGGAGUACAUCUUUACGGGUCUACAGGGAAUGAUUAUUAA